GACAAAGUAAAGAGAUAUAAAAGCAUUCGUUACGGUAAUGAAAGCAAUGGUAAACAUUUUCGUGUUGAUAUCGAGAAUAGCAUGUGUGAAAUAAAAGGUGCGCGAGCUUUUCAUUCCAGGGAUGAAACAGCAGCAGCUUCCAGAAUCAUAAAACAUUACAACGGUUGGGAACAUACUACCUGUGGACGGCAGUUACAGUCGGCGUCAUUCAUUACUUUGCUAAAUCAUAAAAGAGACAUUAGAGAUACCGCACAACGUCUAUUUGCGGCAUCAGCUGAAAAUCUUCUCUCCCAUAGUUGGAUGGCCGACUCCAGUGUUGAAUUCAUUGCUUUAUUCAAAUUGCCUUUUUUACCAGACUCAGAGGGCUCUAUCAAACAUACCUGCGACGUUAAAAUUUCGGAAUACUUCGGACUAGCAGAAGACUUUUUAAAAGAUACAUCUGUAAAAGCUGAGGGAAAAUUGCAGUUGCUGCCCUGCCCUCCGCAUAGAUAUGGUCCUUUCUGUAAGAGUCAGUGUGCGUGUAAAAACGGUGCCAGUUGUCACAGGUUCAACGGGGCCUGCAAGUGUCCACCAGGCUGGCAGGGGGUCAUCUGUGACAUACCGAAACAGGAACUGUCCAUCAUCUCCACACCCGGAAGCUCAGAUGAAUUGUACAUAACUAAAUCUGUCACCCUGCAAUGUCAAGAACACCAUGUCAAUAUUACAAUGAUGAAGUGGUCGUUUCAACCCGAGACACAGAAGGGCUCCUUUAGGCCUUUGUAUGUGAAGGACGGACGAAAAUUGCGACUUGUGAGUCUUCAGCCUGAAAACAAUGGUAUGUACAUCUGCCAAGCCAACACAUCAGAAGGAAAUGUUCUGAGUUCAAACUUAACACUCAAUGUAACUACGUGCCCAGCCAAUCAUCAUGGGUGGAGGUGCAAUGAGACUUGCAACUGUCUGCAUGGCGCUUACUGUGACCGAUGGGACGGCUGUGUUUGCCCGAAAGGUUUCAGAGGAGACAGAUGUGAACUGCCCUGUGAACCGGGGUCGUUCGGACUGAAAUGUAAGAGCAGUUGUUCCUGUAAGAAUGGGGCCUACUGUAGUCCUAGUGACGGAACAUGUAACUGCACGGCAGGUUGGAGAGGAACGACUUGUAGCCAGCCAUGCGAGAAGGGGAAGUUCGGACACAACUGCCAAUCUGACUGCACCUGCAAGAACAAUGCCAGCUGUCAUCACGUGGACGGCAGCUGCACCUGUGUCUCCCCAUGGUCAGGAUCGAACUGUGAUGUCAUCGAGAAACUAGAUCUUCAAUCAUCUGCUUUCAUUAGUGUUUCCUUUGUUCUUGUGUUCAUCACCUUUAUGGGCAUUGUAGCAUAUAAGAAAAAAUGGAAGCUUAUCUCUGUGUAUAAACAUCAUUCCGAAGAGGAACAAGCUCUAUGUGAGUUGAGGAAAAUGGAAGAAGACCUGGCAGACAAGUUAUGCCCGGGAUGGCUGCAGCGCUGGCAAAUCGACAGCAGUCGGCUGACAUUAGGAGAUAUGAUAGGGAUGGGCGCCUUCGGUCUGGUCACACAAGCUAGCCUAACGUUACCCAUUGGACAGCGAACUGUUGCUGCCAAGAUGGUCCGCUUCAACGACAAACUGUGUUUCAAGGACUUUUACAGAGAAACAGCGAUACUUACAGUGAUACAUGAGGAAAAUGGAUACAACCCUGGAAAAUCUAACAUCAUCCAACUGUUUGGAUUCAACACCAAGUCGAAUCCAAAGUUUUUGCUACUUGAAUACGCCAGUAAAGGAAACCUCUUGAACUUCCUAAGACAACAGAAAGAGAAGCUCCUGCUGUCUUACUUGCUGUAUUUUGCUAUUGACAUUACACAGGCCCUCAGUCACCUGAAACGUCUACGGAUUUCCCACCGUGACGUGGCCGCACGUAACGUUCUAAUCACCCAACACAAUAUCGCCAAACUUGCCGAUUUCGGACUAGCUCGCGACGUUUACACUACGGCACAAUACAUUCCUGUCAAUCGCCAAGGCGAGGAACAACGUCUGCCCUUAAAAUGGAUGGCGAUCGAGUCCCUCCUACAUCUUCAGUUCUCGUGCGAGAGCGACCUGUGGUCCUUCGGUGUGCUUCUGUGGGAGAUUGUAACAGGUGGGACAGACCCCAUGUACGGUAACACACAACAUCCGACCUGUCAGCAGCUGGUGACGAUACUACAACAGGGGAUCCGUCUGGACAUGCCGGCAGAGUGUCCUCCGGACCUGUACGCCAUCAUGAAGUCAUGUUGGAAUGUUGACCCAACAGCAAGGCCAAAGCCAGAUGUGUUAAGAGAAAAACUUGUUCGUGAACAAGAAAAACUGAAUCCACACCAAGUAUUGAUUGAGACGAUAACAACAGUAUGAUCUUGUUUGCAUAGCAAUCUGCUCUCCAGUUUUUCUAUAAUAUGCAAAGCUGAUUUUCAGAGACCAUCUAGAAGAUUAUGCCUGACCUGUAUAUAGAUGGUGAAGCAACUGUUAAUCGAAAAGAAAUAAUAGUAUUAUGCCGUUUAUUUCCUCCACACAUGUAUCAUUCUUACGCAUGCCUCGCUCUAACACGUUAAUAUUGUAUAGGUCAUGAGAUCAGUUGACUCAAUUGCAAUAUGUGAUGUAUUGUUAAAUUGCAUGUCUUUGUUUAUGUACAUCUUUGAUGAUUCAACAUAAAAGAACACCUAUAUUUGACAGGAGUAAAUUAAGUUAAUGCCCUCUCAGAUGCCAUGAAAAUAUGAUGAACGUCACCAGACUAAACAAGUCAAUAUUAAAAAUUAAAUGAAAUAGCAAAAGUUAAGGAAGGUAUACGCACGUAUAUAUAUUACUAUAAACCUUACUGCUAUAGUAGUGUAACCCCUGUUUGUCUUAACAUAUAUAAUCACUCACUUGUAUCAAUAUACAUGUAUAUAUUAUCACUUGUUCACUUGCAAUUAGCCCACGGGCAAGAAGUUGCAAAU